AUGUCUGUUAGAAAACGUAGAGUUGUAAAGGCAGCUGGUUACAGCUUGUCAGAACCAGUUGAUUCUGGAACAGUACUGCUUGAUUCAUUUAAGAGAAGGUGGAUCACUGGCUGUGCUAUUGGUCAAGGUGGUUUUGGACGAAUCUACUCAGUUAAACUCGAAGGUGAAAACAGCCACCGUUAUGUCGUUAAGAUAGAACCACAAGAAAAUGGACCACUUUUUACUGAAAUGCAUUUUUAUUUGCGAGCAUGUUCAGAGGACUCAAUCAAUUCAUGGAAAGUGAAACAUUCUCUUAAAUACCUUGGUAUUCCAAAGUAUGUUAGCAGUGGAUCAGUCGUUUUGAAUAAAAAGCCUCUUCGGUUUCUUGUAAUGGAUCGUUUCUCUGGAGAUUUUGAAACCACACUAAAGAACCAUAAAAUUUCUGCAUCUGGUAUUAUUGAUGUUUGUACGAAUGUGUUGAAUGCACUGGAAUAUGUACAUUCUCGGGACUAUGCUCAUGCGGAUAUCAAGGCAUCGAAUCUUCUUCAUGGUACUUCUCAAGAAGAGGUGUAUUUAGCCGAUUUUGGCCUAGUCCAUUUAUUCCGUUCAAGAGGUGUACAUGCUGCUGAGAAACCAGAUCCUAAAUUUCGACAUAAUGGAACGUUAGAAUUCUGUUCACGGGAUGCACAUAAUGGACUUCCACCAUCUCGUCGAGGGGAUUUGGAAAUUCUAUUUUUCAAUCUUAUCCAUUGGUUGGCUCGAUCUCAUCCGAAUUCCCUCAAUCCAAAACUGCGUGCAAAUGUUCCUGAUCGUGUGAAAAUGGCAGUGGCUGAUGAGAAGGAGAAAACAAUGAAAAGUCCUGGAGAAUUUGUAUUACAAGCUGGAUAUGGACCUAAUGCCGAUCUACUUUCAUUCAUUCAGUGCAUCCUGCAAUUGGGUUAUGCGGAUACACCAGAUUAUGGUUAUUUGCGUAAAUGUUUGUACAGUGCGAAAUGUUCUAUAGGCAAACAAAUGGUGUCAAGUUGUAAAUCAACUUUAUCUUCAGAUCAAACGAGUACUUCUUCACCAUCACGACGUAAAUAUAAUGCAAAGAAUACUUCAAAGAUCAGUGAUUCAUGUGCUUUGAAUUCAGUAGAGAAUUUGGAUUGUAUGAAUAGUAUUUCGAAAACACCAGACAGUUUACCAGCUAAACGAUCGAGAGGUCGUCCACCGGGUCGUUGUAAACAAGUGGAGAAUAUCUCACCAGUUGUAAGUGAUCGUAGACGUUCUGGUUGGUGUCAGACGUCGCCUGAAUUGUUAGCUGUUGCUAAAGCUGAGGCGUUAGGUCGCAGAGCUCUGAAGUUGGCGGAAAUGAAGCUAAGUUGA